GUGGAUGGAUUCAUUGAUUGUUUGGUUUUUGUAACAAAUCGCGGCGUGAGAACAUUUGCUAGCCUGCCGGAUGCCGCUCGUCGGUGACUUUAAGAGGUCAAGGCAUUGAGUGCUGUGCUUGAUGUGACGUUCUAGUGACGAUUAGGUUCGUGCUUCCCAGCUCCCAGUGCACGGCCGAGAGCGUGAGGUUUGGGGAGUUGAAUAGGUGGAUGAGUGUUCAUCAUGGUUGCUUUUUUCAGCGAUCUGUAAGUUCGGGCAUGGCGACAUAGAAUUACAGUGCCCUGGCGGGAGAGGGGGAGGCAGAGGAGUCACGGCCUGAGGAGGGAUAGGAGCGUUUUUGUGGGCAGUUUCUUUCGGUUGCGCCGUACCUUUGAUGAUGCGAAAGAUCCGUGUCUGUGUGUUUGCAGGAGGGGGUUGAGGUCGGUUGAUAUUUCCUGCCUCCCGCUACGUACUUGCGCCCUGGUGUUUUUACUGUUUGAAUCUGAUUUUGGUUUGAAAGAGUGCGCGUCACCGAUUGAAUUGAGAUCCUUGCUCGUGAGGGUCUCCGACUAAUGCCCUGAAGGAGUUUGUUGUCGAGACGUCCUCCUGUUGCAUCAACACUCCAACGGAUCGAGCAAGAACUAUCCAACCGGUUACCGCAUGAAUUUGGUGUUACAAGGCCUUCGUCUAGUUGCCGGAGCUCAUUUACUCGGUUGUUAUCACUGAAAGGCUGCUAUUGAUUGGCUUCGUUCUGGAGGGAGUUAAUUUUGUGGUCUGUAUUCUCUGCGUGAGUUGGUUUUGAAGGCAACAGUAAAGGUUGGACUCUUAGGCUUAGGAGGCUGGUUUUCGUAGGGCUGUGCUAUUCAUGAAAAGUGGAGGAUUGGUUGUGGCUUCUCCUAAGCCCAGAGACACGAUGAAGCUGAUAAUAGCUAUGCUAUUUGGUGGACUGGUUGGUGCAUUCGUCAGCAUGUUUUUGAUGCAGUAUGGAGCUACAUCAAAUCUUGGAAUGCCAUCAACUCAAACCCAGCUGCCUUCGUAUCUCGAUUUUCGACCCGACGCUCCUAGGGAAAUGGAACCGGCUACAUGCACUAGAGGUAGACCACAGGGAACGGAAUCCCUUCCGCCUGGCAUCAUCCACAUUGAAUCGGACCUCUUUCCCCGUAGGUUAUGGGGGAAACCUGAAGAGGAUCUACCAGAGAAACCGAAAUAUCUUUUGGCACUUACUGUUGGUGUUGGUCAAAAGGCAUUUGUUAACGAGGCAGUUCAGAAAUUCCCAAAGGAAUGGCAAAUAUUGCUUUUCCAUUAUGAUGGGAAAGUGUCUGAAUGGGACGAUUACGAGUGGUCGCGAAACGCUAUCCAUAUAAGCACUCGUAGACAAGCGAAGUGGUGGUAUGCCAAGCGGUUUUUGCACCCCGAUGUAGUGGCGCCGUAUGAGUACAUCUUCAUUUGGGAUGAGGAUCUUGAUUUGAGGCAUUUUAAUCCUAAGAGAUACAUAGAACUUGUUGAGAAGCACGGCCUUGAAGUUUCACAACCAUCACUGGAUGGUUCCCGAGGCACCACUUGGGCAAUGACUAAGCAUCGGGGCGACGUUGAGGUUCACAAGGAAGCAGUGGAGCAUCCUGGUUGGUGUCCAGAUCCGCACAAGCCUCCCUGUGCAGGAUUUGUUGAGAUCAUGGCUCCUGUGUUUUCACGAAAAGCAUGGCGUUGCAUCUGGUACAUAAUACAGAACGACUUGGUACAUGGCUGGGGUCUGGAUUUCAGCUUGCGUCGUUGUGUUGAGCCUGCGUAUGAGAAAAUUGGAGUAGUGGAUGAACAGUGGAUUAUACAUGUUGGUGUGCCGUCGCUCGGAAAUCAGGGCGAAGCAACUGGAGGAAGGGCCCCAUGGGAAGGAGUGCGAGCGAGAUGCAGAUACGAAUGGGAUGUUUACACAAAGCGGUGGAAUGCAGCCGAUGCAAGACAAGCUGAAUUAGACGCUACAAAUACUAAUCUACCUGUCACACCUGAUCUCACCAUCGGAAGUUAGUCCCGUGUGAUCUAUGUUAUACAUUACUGUUAAAGGGCUCCUUCCCUUGGUGAAAGCUAUUUCCAUUUCCUUAUCUGGUGAAAGCUAUUUCCAUUCCCAAUCUGGUGAGGCAAUUCGGUAUUCAGUCAAGAGUGGGAACGCAUCGCAAGCAUUUAGGUACGCACACAUGGCGUGGAGUUUUUCGAUAAUAGUAUUAAUGGAGCCCAGUUGGGAGAGUUCUGGUCCUCUUCCGGAUUCUUUGUUGGAAAAUAUAAAAAGAGUUCAAUUCAUUGGAGAUUUUUUUUCCUCCUAAAGCA